AUGGCAGAGUCACACCCGAAGAGUCUGGCGACUCUUCUUGAGAGCCUCACGUCAUGUCUGACCAGCGCCGCUUCAUCUCUACCGGCCUCCUCUAAAAAUGCGCCCUCCGAGGUCUCCAUUCAACCGCCGCAGGACGGCAUCUCCCUCCUCGAUACGAAGAACGAAAUCCUCCUUUCAUACCUCCAAAAUCUCGUCUUUUUAAUCAUAUUUCAGCUCCGACAAAAGUCAUCUCGCAAGGAAACGUCACCAGAGGAUGCUGUCGACGAAAACCUGAAGGAUGGAGCAGUGAAAAAGUUGACCGAACUCCGCGUCUUCCUCGAUCGGGGUGUGCGUCCCCUCGAGACUCGUCUCAAGUACCAAAUCGACAAAGUCAUCAAGGCAGCCGAAGACGGUGAACGGAUGGAGCGCCUGGCUCAGUCGAAGAAGUCCAAGGCCAGCAAAGCCAAGGACUCGGGCGAUGAAGAUGCGUCCUCGGAGGAGGAUGAGGAUGACGAAAGUGGUAGUGACGAAGACGAAGAAGAUCUGGACGAAAUGGCCUAUCGCCCUAAUGUCUCGGCAUUCUCGAAAACCAAGGUCGAGCCUAAACAAGCCAAAUCUCUAUCCAGCAAAACCGAGCCCAGCGAUGGCAUCUACCGCCCACCACGGAUUAUGCCUACGGCUCUACCCACAACAGAUAGUAGAGAGCGUGUCGAUCGCCGGCCCCGUCGCUCUAAUGUGAUUGACGAGUUCGUGAGUGCUGAGAUGUCCUCUGCUCCGAUGGCAGAGCCCAGCAUCGGUAGCACUAUCGUGGCAGGUGGCCGAGAGACGAAAACCAAGAAGGAUCGAGAGUACGAGGCCGAACGAGCCAAGUACGAGGAAACCAACUUCGUCCGACUCCCCAAAGAGACAAAGAAGGAAAUGGCUAAGCGCCGCGGUCGCGGGCCUCAAAGCACCUAUGCAGGUGAUGAGUGGCGCUCCUUAGGCGAAGGUGCCGACCGUAUUGAACAGCUGACUCGCCGAGGGCGAACCGGCGGGGUCGCACUGGAAAAGAGCAGAAAGAGAAAGAAUGAGGACGGACAACGCAGCGAUGGUGUAGGCAUGGGUGAAAUUUUCGACAAGCGGCGACGGAAGGUAGAGAGCUGGAAACGAUGA